AGCCGCGCCUGCGUAAAACCAUCCUCAAUGCGAUGCCGACUCCCCACACACUCUCCCGUUUCCCCUCCCUAGCCACAGACCCCUAAUUAUUCACAAUGUCGUCUGAGACGGUCCAUCUCCUCGUACUCGUUCAUGGCAUGUGGGGUAACCCCAGUCAUCUGAACAGCCUCCGCAAAGAGAUCAAGGAACGCUACAGCCAGCCGGAUUGCCCGAGGGGUCCAGGCGGCGAGCAACUCGAAGUGUUGCUUGCAGAGACAAACCAGGACGAGCAUACAUACGAUGGUGUCGACUGGGGAGGAGAACGUGUGGCUGAGGAGAUCCUUGCAGCCGUCAAGCGGUUGGAAGAUACUGGGAAGAGAGUCACUCGUUUUUCCAUAACAGGUUAUAGUCUCGGAGGGUUAAUCUCCCGCUAUGCUGUCGGCGUUCUUCACCAGCGAGGCUUUUUUGAGACUGUCAUCGCGAUCAACUUCAACACCAUUGCGACCCCACAUAUAGGACUCCCAAGAUAUCGCACCUUCCUGUCCUCCGUCUCUUCUUUCCUGGGGCCAACGCUGCUCUCCCGAACCGGCGAGCAAUUCUGGGCUGUCGAUAAAUGGUCACCCCGAGGUCGACCUCUCCUAGAAGUCAUGGCGGAUCCGGAUCGCGUCUUUUACCAAGCGCUAUGCAAAUUCCAACAUUUGCGCAUAUACGCCAACGCUGUGCACGAUCAGACUGUACCAUACCCCACCGCCGCCAUAGAAGCCGACGAUGUGUUCUACGAACACAUGACUAACGGAAUAGAAAUAGAGCUAGACGAACAAUACGCACCUUUAAUCAAGUCAUAUCAUCUCCCCGAUACGCCACCCCCACCACCCAUCGUCCCGAAACCCUUAACACGAGAAUGGUUCACGAACGUCCGACUACCGUUGCCGCCCGCUCUGCAGUUCAGGUUUCCAUACAACAUCCUCAUCUUCGUCACGCUACCCGUCCUCAUGCCUCUUUUCCUCACGCUCGUCCUCACGCGCCUCACGCUUUCCAUGCGUGCAUCUCGCAAGCGGCUCCGAUUGCUCGAGAAGGAAGAGACUUCCGUCGAUCGCCUGAUGCACAUCAUCGCACGAUUGGAGCGGAACAUGGAGGACACCAUGGCAGAUAUGCUCGACGGGCCUGCUUCCCCGGGGACCCCCCCAGCCGAGGAUGCCCCAUACAAAGCCGCCACCUCUCCACCAAGGGCUGUCCUCGCCACACCCGACGGCGAGAGUUCCGCUCUCGAGAACGGCGAGAGCUCCGCGAAGGCGGGGCGCGUCGACGCCGUGACGGUGUCGCACCCGAGCGGGCGCCCGCCGACGGUGCUCAUGACGGACCUGCAGCUGCGGCUCGUGCGCAUGCUGAACACGUUGCCGCACCUCCAGAAGGAGCUCGCGUUCAUCCACCCCGUCGCGAACGCCCAUGGCCCGAUCAUCUGCCGCGACCCGAAGCGGUUCCCCAGCCACAAGCUCGGCGAGGGCGUCGUGCGCCAUUGGGCGGACCACUUCAUCGUCUGAGGCGCAGAGGGCGCGGCUAGGUAUACGUUUCCGUCUUUCGUCCACUCCCAGGGAACCCUUUGUGUACGUACGUUGGCUUAUUAUUAGACGGACAUUGCUUUUGCUUCGGUCAGCUC